AUGAGCAAUUCAAAGAGAAGAAUAGAAACCGAUGUCAUGAAGCUAUUAAUGUCAGACCACGAGGUAGAGCUCGUGGAGGACAAUAUGCAGGAGUUUCAUGUCAAGUUUUAUGGUCCAAAGGGAAGCCCGUAUGAAAGAGGUAUUUGGAGGUUGCAUGUAGAGUUGCCGGAUAGCUACCCCUACAAGUCCCCUAGCAUUGGGUUCGUAAAUAAGAUAUUCCAUCCAAAUAUCGAUGCUGCCUCUGGAUCCAUAUGUUUGGAUGUUAUUAACUCUACAUGGUCUCCCUUGUAUGAUUUACUCAACAUUGUGGAGUGGAUGAUCCCAGGACUACUCAAAGAGCCUAAUGGGUCAGACCCCUUGAAUAAUGAAGCAGCAACCUUGCAGUUGAAAAACCCUAAGUUAUAUGAGGAGAAGAUUCAGGAGUAUAUAGACAAGUACGCUACCGCGGAAAAGUACGAUCAGCAUUUUGGUUCAGCAGAAGGUGACCUUGAUAAGGAGUACGAGGAUGAAGAUAUUGAGGAAGAGAAUGCUACGGACGGUGUAGAUUAUGCGGAAGAAGAAGAAGACUUGAGUGAAAUAGAAAUCGAUGAUGAAGAUGAAGAGGUUGCGAUUAGCGACUCUGAUCUACUUGACUAG